GACUAUCCGAGGGAACUUCCCGUGUCGCUGGACCUGGUUGCAAUGACGUUUGAGAACUCGGACCAUUACAAGAUCACGGGCGAUAUCAAUACGUGGACGGAGUGGCAGACCCUCACGCACAUGUUUCCUCAGGGCCACCCGAGCGUUCGUCUCGGCCUCGAAGGUAGACGGGAAUUCAACGUGUCGAUGUUCACGCAGCUGCAGUGCAUCGACACCCUCCGUCAAGCUCUGAUUUACGGGCCAAACGCACACAGCGGUCAAUGUCUGAACUACCUCCGCCAGGCCGUCCUCUGCUCCUCCGAUAUCACCAUCGAUGCUAUGGACGCCAAGGACGAAAAGGGCAACCUCAUUGGGACAGACGGUGUAGGGUCAACGCACGUCUGCAGAGACUGGUCGCGUGUUUACGAGUACGUGGACGAGAACCAGAAGGGCCCGCUCUGGGAUUUGUCUACCCCUACGGUGUAG